UUCUAAUUGCUCAGUUAGCAGUAUCAAUUUCAAGCAGUAAAAUAUUAAUUCACAGCAGCAUCAAAUUAAUAAGGUUGAGUGAAAAAUGGCCAUUCAAAAAAUUUUAGUGAUUGCACUUGUUGCUUUGGCUUCUUCAUUGGCUUACGCGUCGGACCCGAGCCCUCUUCAGGAUUUCUGCGUUGCAGUCGACGAUGCCAAGGCUUCUGUAUUUGUGAAUGGAAAGAUUUGCAAGGAUCCGAAAAUGGUGACAGCCGAUGAUUUCUUCUUUUCCGGACUUAACAAGGCCGGAAACACAUCAAAUAAAGUCGGAUCAAGAGUUACUCCGGUGAAUGUCAAUCAAAUAGCUGGGCUAAAUACUCUCGGCAUUUCUUUAGUGCGCAUUGACUAUGCGCCGUAUGGCCAAAACCCCCCUCACACGCACCCUCGCGCAACUGAGAUUCUUGUUGUUGUCGAGGGCACUCUAUAUGUUGGAUUUGUGACUUCCAACCCGGCGGAUCCGAACCAAAAAAAUAAACUUUUUACUAAAGUUUUGUAUCCCGGAGAUGUGUUUGUGUUCCCAGAAGGCCUUAUUCACUUUCAGUUCAACACUGGGAAAACCAAUGCCGUGGCGUUUGCCGGGCUUAGCAGCCAAAACCCGGGAGUUAUUACGAUUGCGAAUGCUGUGUUCGGCUCGGAACCUUCGAUUUCUUCUGAUGUUCUUGCAAGAGCUUUCCAGGUUGAUAAGGAUGUCAUCAAAUAUCUUCAGGGACAAUUCUGGUGGAACAACAAUUAAAGGACAGAGAAGUCUGAUGAAUUUUAAUUUGCUACUAUAGAAAUCAUACUCAUAUGUAACAAUAAUUAUGUUUGAUGCGGUGUGUAAUGUUUUUUUGUGACAUUUCAUAUGAUGAAUAAUAUUAUAGUCCAUUGUUUGAGAUAUAAAUAGUAAG